GGUAAACACAAAAUAGUCCCAGUUGGAAUCGACGCAUUUUGACGCUUCGGGGGUGGAGGUACUACCGGGAGCGAACGACGGAGCGGAGAGUCAUUCAGGGUUAAAAUAUUCCGCCUUGGGGGGUGGGGGAGGACAUACUUCACUGCCAACCCGGUGACAAGGUUGGGUCUGCGGUGCCUGCAACCCAGGAAAACAUGGAGCUCGAGAAUAUCGUGGCCAACACAGUCCUGUUGAAAGCAAGAGAAGGAGGUGGUGGAAACAGAAAAGGAAAGAGCAAGAAAUGGAAACAGAUGCUUCAGUUCCCCCACAUCAGCCUGUGUGAGGAGCUCCGGCAAACUACAGAGAAAUACUACAACAGCCUUUGUGAGCGGCAGCCAAUCGGACGCAUGCUCUUUCGGCAGUUCUGUGAAACCCGGGCUGAGCUGAGGUGCUGUGUCAAAUUCCUGGACACUGUGGCAGAGUAUGAGGUCAGUCCAGAUGAGAAGAGGAGGGAAUGUGCUCAGGAGCUCCUAGACAAGUACUUCAACCCAAAGUCAGAGGAUCAUGUCCCGGAGUUGGGGGAGGAAAUGAUGGGUCAGUUUACAGAGAGACUGGAGCAGGAGCAGGAGCCCUGUAAAGAACUCUUCAACGAGUGCACCAAACUGAUCCAUGACUACCUGAGUGUGGCUCCCUUCGCAGACUACCUCGACAGCAUGUACUAUAACCGAUUCCUGCAGUGGAAGUGGCUGGAGAGGCAGCCAGUCACCAAGAACACAUUCCGACAGUACAGGGUAUUAGGAAAGGGAGGCUUUGGUGAGGUGUGUGCUUGCCAGGUGCGAGCCACAGGAAAGAUGUACGCGUGUAAGAAGUUGGAGAAGAAGAGGAUUAAGAAGAGGAAAGGAGAGUCCAUGGCCUUGAACGAGAAGCAGAUUCUAGAGAAAGUCAACAGUAGGUUUGUUGUGAGUCUAGCGUACGCCUAUGAGACAAAGGAUGCUCUGUGUCUGGUGCUCACCCUGAUGAACGGGGGAGACCUCAAGUUCCACAUCUACCACAUGGGAGACGCCGGCUUCGAGGAGAAGAGGGCUGUGUUCUACUCUGCCGAGCUGGCCUGUGGCCUGGAGGACCUGCACAGAGAGAGGAUCGUCUACAGGGACCUGAAGCCUGAGAACAUACUAUUGGACGACCAUGGCCAUAUCCGGAUAUCAGACCUGGGCUUGGCUGUCCACGUGCCCGAGGGAGAGACUAUCAAGGGUCGGGUUGGCACUGUUGGGUACAUGGCUCCGGAGGUGGUUAAGAAUGAGCGCUACACAUUCAGCCCAGACUGGUGGGCGCUGGGCUGUCUGCUGUAUGAGAUGAUCGAGGGCCAGUCUCCCUUCCAGCAGCGCAAGAAGAAGAUCAAACGUGAGGACGUGGAGAGGCUAGUCAGAGACGUGGAGGAGGAGUACUCAGACAAGUUCUCAGAGGACACCAAGUCCCUCUGCAAAAUGCUGCUGGCCAAAGAGCCCAGUGAGAGGCUGGGCUGCCAGGGGGAGGGUGCUACGGAGGUGAAGGCCCACCACAUCUUCCGAUCCAUCAACUUUAAAAGGCUGAAGGCUGGCAGGCUGAAGGCCCCCUUCACCCCUGAUCCCCAGGCCAUUUACUGUAAGGACGUGCUGGACAUCGAGCAGUUCUCCACAGUCAAGGGGGUGGAGUUGGAGCCCAAAGAUGACUCCUUCUACUGUAAAGUGUCUACAGGCAGCGUGUCCAUCCCCUGGCAGAUGGAGAUGAUCGAGUCUGAGUGCUUUCAGGAGCUCAAUGUGUUUCACACGGACGGGACAGUUCCCCCGGACCUGGACUGGAGAGGACAGCCCUCGCCACCACCUAAACAAGGGCUGCUGCAGAGGCUCUUUGGGAGACAGGACUGUUGUGGGAACUGCAGCGACAGUGACGAGGAGCCCACCAGGCUGUGACUGAGCUCCCUCCUACCAACUACACCAAGGAUCACAUUUGUUUACAAAUUUUGCACAUUUGUAUCUUUAAGAUAGUUCUAUAUAAAUAUUGGAAUGUAUAUUUUCAGUAUAUAGCCAUAAAGUCCAUGUCAUUUAAAUGUGGUCAUUAUUCAGAACCCAUCAUAGGAGGCAACAACAGGUAAGCCUAACACUGCUAUGUGGUUACCCCCCCCCCCCCCAUCAUCUGUUGAUAGUGUUGUCAGCUUUUCUUUCUCAUUUUCUUUCUCUUUUAAAAAGUGUUGACCGUGCUCAGAUUGCUAAGUGUUUCUGAAUGGGGGAUGAAUGAAAAGUGUACGUCCACAACUAUUUUUAUAUUUAUAUUUUAUUUUUAUUUACUUAAUGUAAUUCUAGGCAAUCAAAUUAGGAAUGUUGUGAACUGUAGGCUUAAAGGAAAUGGAAGACUAAGGUGAACUUUUGGUAUGAGGUGAUACAUUAUGUACAUUCUAGGGUUCAAUCUAGAGACACUUGAUAUAAACCAAAUAGAUAUGACUAAACAAUGCAUAUGUAAGUGCAAACAAGUGUAUAAUUUGUGACACUCGCCUCUAAAGUCCUAAGUGUAUCUUCCUAUGAAUCUGAGUUUAGGUAGAAAGCAUGUUAGUUCCCAACCAUAUUAGGAGCUAGAGAAGUGAAUUGACAAAAAAAAAAACUGCAUUGUAGUACGGUAAUUCAGUUGUAAGAAAUGACCUUUUUCAUAAGACGUGGAUAGCCAAGAAUGGCCUUGCGUUUCCUCUACCAUGACAUCCUCUAGAUGGCUACACGUUUGUCACAGAGCACUUGAGUUUAAUUAAGCGAUGCACUUAUGACCAAACCGGUUUGUUUUCAUCCUCCAAAUAUUUUUUAUGAUUAAUUCCUUCCCAUUCAAGGUUCCUUUGAUGGUUUAUGGUACUCUAUAUAAUUACCAUAUUUUAUAAAAUCUAACAAAGCUGUCUGUCAAGUAGGUUGAGACCAAGCUGCGUCUCUCUCUCCCUCCCUCUGCUGUACCUCAUGUGUUCCUUUGCCAUGCUGAUGUGUUUCUCUGCAUCGUGUAACUCAGUGGGAUUCUCCUUGUAAAUGUGGGACUAUAAUAGGACUGGGGGACUGAGCUCCCUGACAGACUAUGGGACUAUGGUAUCACCCUCUGAACCCUCCUUACCCGAGACUAUCAGACUGAGGAAGAGGAGGAAGAAGGUUCAAAGGGGAAGAGAGGGGUCACCGAGAGGUCAAACCAUCUCAAUGUAAAGCGCAGCACUCCGACGGAAAUUGGAAGAGACUCCCAAACUCCUCUUAACAUCCCCGUCUCUCAUUAUCAAAUCAUGUUUUAUUGUAUGUGAUUCUCAAAUUAACUUGCCUACAUUCCAGUCUAUAACCGUACUGUACAGUGUAAAGUUAUGCUACUUUUGUUUAUUUUGCAAUGUUUUUUUUACCAGUGUAAAGUUACAACAAUAACAGUUCCACCAUGAAACUAGAAUAGGACUGAAAGUAAGAUUAGUAUGAUUUCUCUUUACGAUGUGCUCCUGAGCCAGGCUUACACACUGUGAGAGGGAGGGCUUCUCUCUGUCUGUCUCUGCAUCCAUGGAACACCUCUGACACUUUCUUCUUGCAAUGCACUGAUGUUUUUUUGUGUGUGUGUGUGUGUGUGUGUGUGUGUGUGUGUGUGUGUGUGUGUGUGUGUGUGUGUGUGUGUGUGUGUACGCACGUGUCCAUAUGUUACCAUAACCACUAGACUCUGUACCCACUUGGCACAAACUGGUUAAGGCAGCGUUGUUUCAACGUAAUUUGUCAACGUAUUGUGACGUGGAAAAUACAUUGGAUUUGAAAAAAGUUA